CGGUGAGGGGAUGGCAGGAGGAUGGCGCUGGACCUAGUGGGGGAGUAAGAGGAGACUCCGAGGAUGCUACCUGCGCCCGGAGCGCGGGGCAGCUAUUCCACACAGUACGGUAGGCGUGGGGGCUCCUCCUUCGGCCAGCGCCCGCAGCCUCCUCCCCGCUGGCGGGCCCCCAGUCCCCGCGGACGGCGGGGAGGCGCCAGCUCCUGUCCCGCCGCCGCCCCGGGCGCCGCGCACCAUGAGGCCCCGCUGCCGGGUGGCCGCGCUGCUGCUACUCGCGCUGUCGGUGCUGCUGCUCGCGCUGCGGGCCCUGCGUCCCGGACCCCCUCCCCCGCCGCCCGCGCGCCCCGCGUCCGCCCCGCAGCCUCCCGCGCCGGCCCCCGCGCGCCCCGCCGGCCGGGGCGCCCCCACCUGGGCGGGCCCAGACGCCCCGCGGCACCGGCCCCCGCGUCCGCGCCCCGGAGCCGGCCGCCGCCCGGGCGCGCCGCGCCCGGAGAAGUUGGCGAGGAGACCCGGAGAGCCCAGGAGUUUCCAUGCCGCGCUGCCCCCGAGGCUCUGGAUGCACCUGGCUGUGGUGGCCUGCGGCAACCGGCUGGAGGAGACGCUGGUCAUGCUGAAGUCAGCCGUGCUCUUCAGCCACGGGAAGAUGCACUUCCACAUUUUCACAGAAGAAUCUCUGAAGCCCAAGUUUGAUAAGCAGUUACAGCAGUGGCCUGACUCGUAUACGGAGAAGUUUGUGCACAGAAUCUACCCCAUCACAUUUUCCACGGGAAACCCCCAGGAGUGGAGGAAGCUGUUCAAACCCUGUGCUGCCCAGAGACUCUUCCUCCCGGUGGUUUUAAAGGAUGUGGACUCGCUCCUCUAUGUGGACACGGAUGUCCUCUUCUUGAGGCCCAUUGAGGACAUCUGGAAGCUCCUGUGGCAGUUCAAUGCCACCCAGCUUGCCGCCAUGGCCCCUGAGCAUGAAAUCCCCAAGACCGGCUGGUAUAGCCGCUUUGCCCAGCACCCUUUCUAUGGCUCUGCAGGAGUUAAUUCAGGAGUCAUGCUAAUGAAUUUAACUCGUAUAAGAAGCACCCAGUUCAAGAACAGCAUGAUUCCAACAGGGCUGGCUUGGGAGGACAUGCUGUACCCUCUAUACCAGAAGUACAAGAAUGCCAUCACGUGGGGAGACCAAGAUUUAUUAAAUAUUAUUUUUUACUUCAAUCCAGAAUGUCUCUAUGUGUUCCCCUGCCACUGGAACUACCGUCCUGACCACUGCAUGUAUGGUAGCAACUGCAAAGGGGCAGAGCUCGAAGGGGUGUCUGUUCUGCAUGGGAACCGAGGCGUCUACCAUGAUGAUAAGCAGCCGACUUUCAAAGCCCUCUAUGAAGCCAUACGGGACUUUCCCUUUCAAGACAACCUCUUUCAAUCCAUGUAUUACCCUCUUCAGUUGAAGUUUUUGGAAACUGUACACACUUUAUGUGGACGAAUCCCACAAGUGUUUCUGAAGCAAAUUGAGAAAACAAUGAAAAGGGCUUAUGAGAGGCAUGUCAUCAUGCAUGUUGGCCCCAACCAGAUGCGCUGAAUGUUUCAUCUUGUUGCAGUUAAUCAGGCAUCUCGCCCAUGAGGAAAAGUCAUCUCUAAGCUGCCUGGGCCAUUUCUGAGUAAAUAUCUAAUGGUGCUCUGUGACAAUUGAGUUUUAAAAGCUUUGUAAAAUGUUGCUAAAUUAUUUGCCCCUACAAGAAAAAAUAAGCUUUAUUUUUUUUUUCUAAAAUGCUAUUUAUCUCUCUUGUUUUUAAAAAUAUAUUAUUACUCAUCUAACAUUGUUUAGGUUGAGCUAGCUGUGAAAAGGAACUUUUGUUAAACCUUCAAUUCCUGGUAAGUGUCUGAAACAGUAUCAGUAGCAUUUGAGUUUGUGCGUGUGUGUAUGUGUGUGUGUGUGUGUGUGUGUGUGUGUGUGUGUGUGUGUGUAUAAUUUUAUUGAUUUUGGAGAGGGAGGGAGAGA